AUCUCACUCUACUGUUUCGCAGAGAAGAGAGAUUACUAUACAGUCGCCAAGAAGAUUCUCUCCCUAAACCUCAUUUCCAAGACUAAUAAGUUUCUUUGUUUCCUCUUCCUCCAAUCGUUAAGUUUAUUCCUUUCUUGCUUCUGUAUUGAUUUCAAAUACCUUAGUCUGUUUUUAUACCAACACCAGUAAAGAUUCCUGACUGAGUUUCUCAUCUGGGGUUUCUUCUUAUUAUAAGUUUUUUCUUGUUUUGUUUUCUCAAACUCUAAAGAUCUGAUUUUUCCAGCUCUCUCCGUUGUGGAAAAAAAUGGGGACUUUGAGUAAGGCUUUAUGUCUUCUCCUGCUGUUCUGUACCCUGGCCGUUGCUGCUGCUGAUGUUGCUGAUACUGGGGGUGCUCCAAAGUACAAAGACCCAAAGCAGCCUUUGGGUGCAAGAAUCAGGGACCUGAUGAACCGUAUGACUCUCCAAGAGAAGAUUGGUCAGAUGGUUCAGAUCGAACGCACCGUAGCCACACCUGAUGUCAUGAAGAACUACUUCAUAGGGAGUGUGUUGAGCGGUGGAGGAAGUGUGCCUGCACCAAAGGCCACACCUGAAGCUUGGGUGAACAUGGUCAAUGAGAUUCAAAAGGCUGCUCUUUCCACCCGCCUUGGGAUCCCCAUGAUCUAUGGGAUUGAUGCUGUUCACGGUCACAACAACGUGUACGGCGCCACCAUUUUCCCUCACAAUGUAGGCCUUGGAGUCACCAGGGAUCCUAUGCUACUUAAGAGGAUUGGGGAAGCAACCGCACUUGAAGUUAGAGCGACUGGAAUCCCAUAUGCCUUUGCUCCCUGCAUUGCAGUUUGUAGGGAUCCGAGAUGGGGAAGAUGCUACGAGAGCUAUAGCGAGGAUUAUAGAAUUGUCCAGGAGAUGACUGAGAUUAUACCCGGCUUGCAAGGUGACCUCCCUACCGAGCGAAGAGGUGUUCCCUUUGUCGGUGGAAAAUCAAAAGUUGCGGCUUGUGCUAAGCAUUUUGUGGGAGAUGGAGGUACAGUGAGAGGGAUAGAUGAGAACAACACGGUGAUUGACUCGAACGGGCUAUUUGGAAUCCACAUGCCUGGAUAUUACAAGGCUGUAAACAAGGGUGUUGCAACGGUUAUGGUGUCCUACUCUGCCGUGAACGAUUUGAGAAUGCAUGCUAACAAGGAACUCGUCACGGGUUUCCUCAAGGACAAGUUGAAGUUCAGAGGUUUUGUCAUCUCUGAUUGGCAGGGGAUUGAUAGGAUCACGAAUCCUCCGCAUCUUAACUAUUCAUACUCUGUCUACGCGGGAAUCAGCGCUGGAAUUGACAUGAUCAUGGUGCCAUACAACUACACAGAGUUCAUAGAUAAAAUCAACAAUCAGAUAAACAAAAAUCUGAUCCCUAUGAGCAGGAUUGAUGACGCUGUGAAGAGAAUCUUAAGGAUCAAAUUCACAAUGGGACUCUUUGAGGAACCACUGGCUGAUCUCACCUUCGCCAACCAACUUGGUAGCAAGGAACACAGGGAACUAGCUCGUGAAGCCGUGAGGAAAUCUCUAGUGCUGCUCAAGAAUGGUAAGAAAGGAGAUAACCCGUUGCUUCCUCUCCCUAAGAAGACGGGAAAGAUCCUUGUGGCGGGAACACACGCUGAUAACUUGGGGUAUCAAUGUGGUGGCUGGACCAUCACUUGGCAAGGCCUUGACGGCAACGACCUCACCAUUGGUACAACGAUCCUUGCGGCUGUGAAGAAUACAGUGGCUCCGACCACACAAGUCGUCUACAACCAAAACCCCGAUGCAAACUUCGUCAAGUCUGGUGAAUUUGACUACGCCAUUGUGGUCGUGGGUGAGCCGCCUUAUGCUGAGAUGUAUGGGGACAGCACUAACCUGACCAUAAGUGAACCUGGUCCGAGCACGAUAGGGAACGUGUGCGGAUCAAUGAAGUGUGUGGUGGUUGUUGUCUCUGGGCGUCCCGUGGUGAUGGAGCCUUAUGUUUCGACCAUUGAUGCCCUUGUGGCAGCUUGGCUUCCGGGGACGGAAGGUCAAGGGGUUGCUGAUGCUCUGUUUGGUGAUUAUGGGUUCACUGGAAAGUUGGCUCGGACUUGGUUUAAGUCGGUGAAUCAGUUGCCGAUGAAUGUUGGCGACCAGCACUAUGACCCGUUGUACCCGUUCGGUUUUGGGUUGACCACACAACCAGCCAAGUUGUAGGCUUGUCUUGUUCCGAAGCUAUAAGUUUAGUUAUUCAACUGAUCACAUUUGAGUUUGUAUAACUUGAGAAGCAGACGACGGCAGAAAAAUUUGGAGCCUGUCUCAACUUUUGAGUUUAUAUUCUAUUCAAAGCUUUAAGAAUA